AUGGCUGAUUCUCCAGUAGGGAUUUUCCAGGGUCCAUUGACACUCCAGGAUGUGACUGUGGACUUCUCCCAAGAGGAGUGGGAAUGCCUGGACACUGCACAGAGGGCUUUGUACAUUGAUGUGAUGUUGGAGAAUUACAGCAACCUGGUCUCUGUGGAUAACUAUUGCAAAUCUGAUCCUGUCCAUCAACAUGUGAGGACUGAAAAGGAGUCUUGUCAGUGUAAUGGGCUUGGUAAAAUCAUUCAUGACCCCUCCACAUGCGCUUGUUAUAAAACAAGUGAAACUCCUGAAAACUCUGAUAACUACAAGUGCAGUAAUCACAGGUAUACCUUUAUUGAGUCUUCAAACCCACCUAGACAUGAAAGCAUGCACACUGGAGAAGAACCUUGCAAAUCUAAAGACUGUGAGAAAUUCUUAAAUUGGAGUUCCAACCGUACUCAAGAUCAGAGACUCUACACCUCAAGGAAAGAGUACAGGCAGGGAGAAUAUGAUGAUUAUUUCAGCUCUGCAUACAGUCUUUUGCAACAACCAAUCUACAUUGGUGAGAAACCACAGCAGUGUGGGAUGGGGGGUAAAUGCUUCAGUAAUACCUCAAGCCUCACUGUACAUCAGAAAAUUCAUUCUGGAGAGAAAUCUUACAAAUGCAUGGAUUGUGCCAAAUCCUUUACCUGGGACUCAUGUCUUAGAAGACAUCAGAGAGUUCAUAUUGGAGAGAGACCUUACAAAUGUAAGGAAUGUGACAAAUCUUUUUCCCGUUACUCAAAUCUUAGAACACAUCAGAGAAUUCACACUGGGGAGAAACCUUACAAAUGUAUGGAAUGUGGCAAGUCCUUUACCCAGAAUUCAAACCUAAAAAAACAUCUGAAGGUUCAUACUAGAGAGAGAUCUUAUACAUGUAAGGAAUUUGGCAUAUCUUUAUCUACAAGGUCAACUCUUGAAAGGCAUCAGAAACUACAUACUGGAGAGAAACUUUACAAGUGUAUGGAAUGUGACAUAUCCUUUCCCUGGGACUCAUUUCUUAGAAGACAUCAGAGAGUUCAUACUGUAGAGAGACAUUACAAAUGUAAGGAAUGUGACAAAUCCUUUUCCCUUUACUCAAAUCUUAGAAUACAUCAGAGAAUUCACACUGGGGAGAAACCUUACAAAUGUAGGGAAUGUCACAAGUCCUUUACCCAGAACUGGAACCUUCAAAAAAAUCAGAGGGUUCAUACUAGAAAGAGAUCUUACACAUGUAAGGAAUGUGGCAUAUCUUUAUCUACAGGUUCAACUCUGGAAAGGCAUCAGAAACUACAUACUGGAGAGAAACUUUACAAAUGUAUGGAAUGUGACAAAUCCUUUCCCUGGGACUCAUAUCUUAGAAGACAUCAGAGAGUUCAUACUGGAGAGAGACCUUACAGAUGUAAGGAAUGUGACAAAUCCUUUUCCCGUUUCUCAAAUCUUAGAAGACAUCAGAGAAUUCACACUGGGGAGAAACCUUACAAAUGUAUGGAAUGUCACAAGUCCUUUAUCCAGAAAUCACAACUUAAAACGCAUCAAAGAGUUCAUACUAGAAAGAGAUCUUACACAUGUAAGGAAUGUGGCAUAUCUUUAUCUAAGAGAUCAACUCUAGAAAGGCAUCAGAAACUACAUACUGGAGAGAAACUUUUACAAAUGUAG